CCCCCCCCCCCCCAGAAAGUCAAAUAACUGAAAUUUGAAGGUCUCCCAGCACUUUCUCCUCCUUUUCUCUUGCACCUGCUUUUUUCCUGCGCGUGGGCUGUGUCCUGUCUGUUUUCGCGCCCAUGACUAGUUGUUCACUUCAGGUUCGCUAACGUGAACUGCGCCAUUUACUCGCGUUCGAACAUCCAGAGCAGCUGUGUUUCUUUGGGAGCUUCUGUUUUUAUUUCGGACUUUCGUACAGCUUGGAGACCAAAAAUGCAGGAGUUUUGAUUGGAUAAACCAUCCCUGUAGUGCGAUGUCUUUGGUUUUCUCGCGCUCCAAUUCCAACGCUAUCAGCAAGAAGGACAAGAGACUCAUGGCUGAGGUGAACGCCUCCCCUCUCAAGCACUUUGUCACAGCCAAGAAGAAGAUAAAUGGCAUCUUCGAGCAGCUGGCUGCAUACAUUAAGGAGAGCUCCACCUUCCUGGAGGAGACUUAUAAAAAUGAAGAGCUGGACCCAGUCACCACAGAGGAGCAGGUGGUGGAGGUACGAGGCUACCUGUCCAAGGUGGCUGGAAUUGGAGAGGUCCUGGCCAGGAGGCACAUGAAAGUUGCCUUCUUUGGGAGGACGAGCAAUGGAAAGAGCUCAGUGAUCAAUGCCAUGCUCUGGGACAAGGUCUUGCCCUCAGGCAUCGGACACACCACCAACUGCUUUCUCCGUGUCGAGGGCACAGAUGGCAACGAUGCCUUCCUGCUAACAGAGGGCUCCGAGGAGAGGAAGAGUGUCAAAACAGUGAACCAGCUGGCGCAUGCGCUGCAUCAAGACGAGCACCUGGACGCAGGCAGCCUGGUGUGUGUCAUGUGGCCCAAAGCCAAGUGUGCCUUGCUACGCGAUGACCUGGUGCUGGUGGACAGCCCUGGGAUUGAUGUCACCACAGAACUGGACAGCUGGAUUGACAAGUUUUGCUUGGAUGCAGAUGUGUUUGUUUUGGUGGCAAAUUCAGAGUCCACGCUGAUGCAGACGGAGAAGUCGUUCUUCCAUAAAGUAAACGAGCGCCUCUCCAGUCCCAACAUCUUCAUCCUCAACAACCGCUGGGAUGCCUCUGCCUCUGAGCCUGAGUACAUGGAGGAGGUGAGACGACAGCACAUGGACCGCUGCACCAGCUUCCUGGUGGACGAGCUGGGAGUGGUAGACCGUGCCCAGGCCAGUGACCGCAUCUUCUUCGUUUCGGCAAAGGAGGUGCUCCAGGCGCGGGUGCAUAGAGCCCAGGGCAUGCCUGAAGCGGGUGGCGCCUUGGCCGAGGGAUUCCAGGCGAGGAUGUUCGAGUUUCAGAAUUUUGAGAGACGGUUUGAGGAGUGCAUCUCGCAGUCUGCAGUAAAGACCAAGUUCGAGCAGCACACAGUGCGGGCAAAGCAGAUCUCGGAAGCACUGCGCCUCAUCAUGGAUUCAGUCCACAUCGCUGCACAGGAGCAGAGGAUUCACUGCCUGGAUGCCAGGGAGGAGCGCCAGGACAGGCUGGAGUUCAUCGAGAAGCAGCUGGACCUCCUCACCAUCGACUGUAAGAGCAAGAUUAAGCGGAUCACAGAGGAGGUGGAGAAGCAGGUGUCCAACGCCAUGGCGGAGGAGAUCAGGCGGCUGUACGUGCUGGUGGACGAGUUCCACUUGGACUUCCACCCCUCCCAGGUGGUGCUGAAGGUCUACAAAAAUGAGCUCCACAAGCACAUUGAGGAGGGACUGGGCAGGAACAUGUCGGAAAGAUGCUCGACUGCCAUCACUUCGGCCUUGCAGAGCACCCAGACCGAAAUGAUAGAGGGCCUAAAACCCCUGCUCCCGGUCUCCAUUCGCGAGCAGGUGGACAAGCUGGUGCCGCGGAAGUGCUUUACCCUCAGCUACGACCUCAACUGUGACAAGCUAUGCAGUGACUUCCAGGAGGACGUCAGCUUCCACUUCUCCCUGGGCUGGACCAUGCUGGUCAAUCGCUUUCUGGGUCCCAAGAACACGCGCAGGGCACUCAUGGGAUACAACGACCAGGUGCCCCGUCCACUGGCGGUUACUCCCGUUAGCACUAGCAUGCCUCCCUGCCCACAGGGCUCCAUGACCCAGGAGGAGCUCAUGGUCUCCAUGGUGACAGGCCUAGCAUCACUCACCUCCCGCACCUCUAUGGGCAUUAUCGUCGUGGGAGGCGUGAUCUGGAAGGCAGUGGGCUGGCGACUCAUCGCCUUGUCAGUCGGCCUUUACGGGCUGCUCUACGUCUACGAGCGUCUCACUUGGACCACGAAGGCCAAGGAGAGGGCCUUCAAGCGCCAGUUUGUGGACUACGCCGGCGAGAAACUGCAGCUCAUCGUCAGUUACACCGGCUCCAACUGUAGCCACCAGGUCCAGCAGGAGUUGGCUGGUACUUUUGCUCAGCUCUGCCAGCAGGUUGAUGUGACUCGACAAAACCUGGAGGACGAGAUUAAGGACUUGAACAAGAAGAUCGAGCUUCUGGAUGGCGUGCAAAGCAAGGCCAAGCUGCUGAGGAAUAAGGCUGGAUGGCUGGACAGUGAGCUGAACAUGUUCACCCAACAGUACCUUCAGCAGGGUCGAUAGAGGACAAAGACUCGGCCUCAAGGACGUGGCACAUCGCUCGGCUCCCCACCCCAUUUUUGUCACUUGUGUAAAUUAUUCACCCUCUUGCUUUAAACUUUUUAGUGUGUUUUCUUUCCCUCUCUUGUUAAUUUAAAGGUAACACCUUUUAUCCACUUUUAUAGAUGGGAAAACUGUGAUACCAAAUACAGCCCUGCCAUGUUAGAGUAUACAUUUCUAGAACAUGCUGAUUCAUUGUUUUUUUUAUAUGCAUAUAUACACGUGUGUGUGUGAGUGUGUAUAUGUAUGUAUGUAUAUGAGAUUUAAAAUAAGAUGCCUUUAAAAUAGUACAAACUAUGUGCUGCUCUGCAUUAAGGCAACUUUGAGAAUCACUACCUAGUUAUGUAAUUUCUAAAGCUUUUUUAUUGUUUAAACUCCAGAAUUAAUUUGCAACGUGAAGGUCUAAUUUAAAAUUCUGAUUAUUUAUUAAGCUUGACACUAUUCUGUCCUUAUGUUGAAAUGCAGGUUGCUUUUGGGGAAAAAGCAUUAGAUAAAGGAAUGAGGAUGUAAGACAUUUUACCUGUAGGUGGGCUUUGUGAGGCCAAGUGAGGAUGGAUGUCAGAGGAUGUUUGUUGGAGAAACCCUUUUAACGGGUGUCAUAUUACCAGAGUGCCCACUCAGUGUGGGGUUCCAGCUCAGAAACUGCACAUGAAGCCAUGCUAGGGGUGUAAAUGGAGGUGUCAUGUGUGUGAUCUGGGUUCUGGUGCAAAAAAAUGGUGAUGAGCUUACAAGGUGGUAAACGUUGUCCAAUUUGUUGACACAUCUUUUUAAUCAAAUCGGCAUUCUCUUUUCUUUGUCUACAUUAAUGUAUUCCAGCAUGAGUCCAUUGGUUCAGUAGGAAGUAAGCUUUUUUAGCAGGAUAGGGUUGGUCAGUGAGCGACGCAUCCCAACCAUCAACUCGAUAUGUCUAUCAGAGUUCGUACUUUUGUUCAGACUGUACCCCCCUAACGGGAGAUUUCAAGAAAUUGGUGCAGGGAAUCUGCAGAAAAGGAGUUUUCGCAAGCAGAAUAUUUACAGAAAGUGGAUUGUUUACCAUUGGGGGAACAUGGUCUUUUGAAGUAGUUUGUCUUACAGCUUCUUCAUUUCCUGUGGAAAAUGCAAAAAUAAGCAAAGGAUUACAAUACAGAUGGCUCUAACUAGAGUUUGUCCUUUUUACUGGAUUUCCAAAGUGGUUUUUCUGCUUCAUUUUUCUUUUCACCACUAUUUUAAUUGAAUAAUUUGUAAAGUUGGUACAGUUAUUUUUCUUCCGAAAAAUGCAUAAGCUUCUGAGUAUGUAGUACAGCAAACUGAGCAAAUCCUGCGUCGAUUAACAACUAUCAACUAUUGAACUGCAGAUAAACGGACAAAGUCCAUUUGAAAUGAGUAUUAAUUCGAAGGCCUUCUUUGAAACAUUUGUUAAGGAGCAGUUAUGGCUCUUUUGCCAGUUAGGUGGUGGUAAGAAGUUAUUUGAACAAACUAAAUGUUUCCGAAUGAAAACAUGCACUUUAUCUUUUGCUGCUUUUUGUAUUCUUAAUUUCUGUGUCACUCUCUUUGCGUGUGGAGCAGGAUCGAGUAAAGUGUAAAAAUGUACUGGCUUGUGGGCCCGCUGAGGCUGACAGUAGAUGCAUGCUGUCACUUGUAACCCAUAUUGUCUUGUCAUUCCACUCGUAAAGGAAACUCAUAAUAAAUACGACAAA